AUGAAUGAAUAUCCACAAUACAUUCUUCCUUUUGUAAAAGUUAGCUGCGAAGGACAAUUCGAAUUAACAACUUUUAAGUACGACAGUUUCAAAAACAUAAGCUUUAACGAUGGGAUAUUCUCAUUCCAGCUUUCACCUCAAAUUAGCGGAGAAAAAACAUUUGAUGUAUCAAUGUGCGGAAGAUCAAUGUACAGAGCUAAACAUCAAGUACGCUUUAAUACAUAUGUAGUUGGAACAACUAUUAUUGACAUGCGUAAUUCAAGAUACAUGAUUGAUAACUUUUGCAUCGCAAAUGAAUCAAUACACUUGUUUUUCGCAUUCGAUGUUACAUUAUUAAACAAUCACAUGAUCGAGGCAUUACCGUUAACCAUUCAUAACACCACAAUGACCUUUUUUGCUCGUCAAAAUAAUAUUUCCGUAAUAAAUGAAUCAGUCAACUAUAUUAAUAUAAACAAAACAGGAGUCAACUUCCUACUCGAUAUGUCCUUCGGUUUUUCCGACACAAAUAACAAAACAUUUUAUUUCGAAAAUAUUUCUCAGUCAGAAAUGCUUAAAAACAUAACAAAACUAAAUAUCUCACUAUUUUCACAGCCCACUUGCUUUAGUCAAGCUGAAUUUCAAGGAUAUAGUCAAUUACCGAUACAAAGACAAGUUUUUGGUGAAAAACAUGCAAAUUCUACUAAAGUUGUUAUUAGUUCAAGCAUAUCAAAACAUUUUCCUCAAUACGAAUCAAUAAACACCGAAAAAUGCUCAUUUGAAGAAUUAUACAAAAAAAUCUCUGAUGCAAGAGUAUUUGUUGGAUGCACUGAUUCAGACAAAUCCGCUGCAAUUCUAAUGGGAAGAGAAGAUACAGCGUUUAUUGAUAUUCAACCUUGUUUCGAAGCUCGUCACUUUUCUCCAUUAAAUCCUAAGACGAAAGCAAAGGUUUUGUCUGGAAAUAGAUACAGACUUUGCAGAAAUGGAGCUAACAUAGAAGAAAUUGAAAAUAUAAUAACUGAUAUUAUAUUAAACAAUGAAAAUUCCCCGCUCUUGGAGUGA